GAGAGAGGUAGAGAGAGAGAGAGAGAGAGAGAGAGAGAGAGAGAGAGAGAGAGACAGAGAGUGCGCAAAGCUGAGGACACAGAUCAAUGCAUCUUUGUACUUGCUGCCUCAGCAAUCGAAGGUGAGAGCAAAUCAAAACAAAUCAAAAGCAGACCCCUCCAGAGAGGAGCGAGACGCAGCUGAACGGCAUCCAAUCAGCAUCUGAGGGACCGUGAUUACUGUCUGCGCAGAGCUGGAGAAGUGACAGUAAAGGCAGCUGCUGUGUUUAAACACAACCUCGUGUGCGGAUUUGAGUCAUCUUAGAGAGACUCCUUGCUGCCCCCACUUACUGGACCUUUUCUGAACACUGAGAUCUUCAGAUAAACACCUACAACACGUCUGAAAGAUCUGGAGUUUGGGUCUUAAGACGUAAAUGAAGGUGCAUUAUAGUAGUCAAAAGCAUUGAUUUCUACUCAAGACUUCUUAAGCCCGAUAUACUUGAGAUGGGUAGACGGGCAGCUGAUCACAGUACCCCUGUGCCAGUUCUUGGAGAGCCAGCGCUGGUGGGUACACGUGGUUGGAGAACAGUGUCUAAUGGGACCAGCAGUAUGGCAGGCCUGAUACUGACUCAUCACUGUAAUAUUGGGGUACAGACAUCGCCUGCGAUACGAAACAGUCAUCUACAGUUGGAUGCCAAACACAUGGACACAUGCAGCAAACCGUCAGAAAAUAAGGUGAUCAUGCCACCUAAUGGGCACGUUUCAAAUAAGUCUGUGAUUAAAGAGGACUGUGGCAAAGACAAAACAAAAAGUAUCAUUAAUAAAGGGAAAUGUCUGGAGAGCAAAAUUAAAAAGGGAGUGACUUUUGAGGGACUUGAGAGAAAAAUCCCUGACCAGCCAAUCAAAACCAGUCCUGUGGCGAGGGGUGUGGCUAACAGCAAAGUAAAGACAAAGCGGAACUGUCCCUUCACCAACGGGAGCAUUGUUGACUCUAAGGUAAUGGGAGGUAUCAGUAGUGAUGUCACUGAGAAGGAGGAGCCUUUCGAAAGUCAAAAACCCUCUCGUUCUUGGAAAGAAACGUUACCCUCAUGCCUAGCCCUCCAUAGACCACCAAUGACAAUUUGCAGCAGUUGUGGAGGAAAGCAGAAUUCAGCACCUCCUGCUCUCCACAGCCAAACCAAGGCAGUUACAGCUCCAACUUUAUUAGGAUCUUCGCUUUAUCCCGGGAAGGAUGUGGGAAUUUCACACUUCCAUUCAUACACGCAGACUGAAAGGCACAGUGCUUCGCAGUCAUGCCAGCCCCCCAUAAGCCCUAACCUUCAUUCUUACCUCAAAGUGAAUAUAAACAAGAACUGGCCAUUAUCUCUGCUGCCUGCUCAGCAAAGUGAAGCAUCAAAGCUCACUAAUGAUCAUGCAGUCAAGAGGGAAUCUAAUGCUGACGCACACAUUAAUCAUACCGGCCACACAUCGGUUCAAGAGACUCACACACAUGCUGCGAGAGAGGAAAGAGCUCCAGGCUCAAAGGCCGUAAACACACACUUAAACUUGAACAACCAGAAACCUCCUCACACAUGCCCUCCCAGACCCCCAAUGACUCCACACCCUCCUUAUGUGCACAAACAGGUCAACACAGAAAAGCUAGGUGUCACAGAGGUGAGCAUACAACAUCUGAAUGCACAAAAAUCCACCUACCACUCACACCCUGAUGGGAAACAGCCAAAUCAAGGAAACCAAUCCACACCUACACAGUCAGAAUCACACAGCGCACCCAAAACACACCUCAAACCUUUGCAAACCACCGUGAAACAACAGAUGUUCGCUGAAACCAACUCGAAAGCCGAAACUACCACAGGCACAGAGCAGAACUUCAAACCGCUGAGCGUAGAAGACAGCACACCUGCCAAAUUCUCAGAUACAUCACAGCCAAAACAGAUAAGCACAGAUUCACAAACCAAAUCCUCGGCAUCCUCUUAUUUACAUUCAAAAGUUAAACAUCAAACUACAGCGCAGAGUUCUGCAAAUAAAAGUGACAUAUCCUCCACUGCUUCAGUCGUACAAAAACAGGAUCAAUUCCCUAAUGGGUUACACUCCAAAUCUGACACGCAUGCUAAACCAUUGACGUGCUCAAGCACGAAUCUUAGAAUUAAACCCCAAAACGUUACGCAAAUCCGUGCCGACACAGACCCAGAAUCCUCAUCCGCCUCUCCUCCUGAAUUACAUUCACAGUUUCAAUUGGUAAGUCACACACAUGAAACUCACAGCGAAGUACACUCGUGCCGUCGCGCGACGAUGCGCACCGACACAAACCCGUCUGGAAACACGAGCACACAUUCCCACACAUCCUCACACAGAAAAAACACCGGCAGCGCAUCACUGCAGGGUAUAACCUCACAUAAAGGCACGCUGUCAUGUCAUCACUCCGAGUCAAAAAGCCAGGAUGACACCCAAUUGUUUUUACAUGCCCCAAAUACGUCGGCCCAUCAGCAAGCACCACUUACAACGCAAACGAUCAACCAUCAAAACCUCUCAAAUGCAUUUACUUCCACUCAGACCGAAGCGGAGACGCUUUCGCACACCAAAGAACGUUCACGUAUGAGCCCUGGGGUCAAAACUGCGUCUCGCGCUUUAUGCAUUCAUUCAAAUACGGCGGGCAGCCAGACAGAGCCCGAAGUUCUCAGGCGUUCUGUCCUAAAUCCGCCAAGUAAUGGCACUCUCGAGUCUUCAUUACUAGCCGUCACGUCCACUAGGGCUUCUCCUCAAGGUGAUAAACACACCAGGACUGAAUUUAAGUCUUUGAGUGACUCAGAGGACAUUAAAACAAUUCAACCCAAGUGUCAAACACUCAAACAACCACUUCGACCUCCGAACAAACCACCUCCCAAAAGUGUACAAAACACACGCCUACGACCUCCUAAGCCUACUUCUGCACCUCCGCUAGCUCCAUCUUUGAAAUUUGUAAUGGAGGGCAUUGACAAAGGGGGCUCGAAUGAAGCCUCUAUUCCAAACCUUUCUCAGUCACCCACAGGCACUUUGCCCGGGACCUUCUCCCUUCAACAGACGCCGGUCCGGCACAUACAGAAGGUUGAACGUCUCCACAACACAGAAGCACAGAUGGAAUUUAAUUCCAGUUCCAUCUCACAGACUGUUGGGACUGUGCCAAAUGAACAAUGUUCACUAAAACACAACCAUCCUCCUUCUGCUGUCCGGUUGCUGCCCGCAUCGCCUCACUGCAGCAGGCCGCGGGACCCUGAGCAAAGAUUAGAGACCGUAGAGGCGAGUCUGCAGGCCAACAAGAAGAAAAUCACAACGCUACUUAACAUCAUCCAGGACUUGGAAAUGAGCCAUGCACUCGGCAAAGGUCGGCGAUGUUUUCGUACUGGCCAAGACUUAAGUGACUGUCCCACUUGUCAGAAAACUGCAUGUGCCGUCUACAGUGUGGAGUAUGAUUUCCGGCAACAGGAGAGGGGAUUCAAUGAGCUGGUGAAGAGUCUGUGUCCCCGAUCCCCAGACAGAAGAAUAGAAGAAGGAUAUGAAGGAUCUCUUUCUUUACUAACCUCACUCAUCCAGAACCAUAAAUUACAGCAGCUCAACAUCAACAUUAUGACCCAAACACAAUCUGACAGUCGGACGCAGCCACAGAUUAUUUCUCAGAUUAAGUCUCAGAUUCAGGCUCAGACUCAGCCUCACAUUAUUUCUCAAAUUCAGCCCCACAUUACAUCUCAGAUUCAGACUCAGCCUCACAUUACUUCUCAGAUUCAGCCUCACAUUACUUCUCAGAUUCAGCCUCACAUUUUUUCUCAGAUUCAGCCUCACAUUACUUCUCAGAUUCAGACUCAGCCUCACAUUACUUCUCAGACUCACAUUACUUCUCAGACUCAGCCUCACAUUUCUUCUCAGAUUCAGAAUCAGCCUCACAUUAUUUCUCAGAUUCAGAAUCAGCCUCACAUUAUUUCUCAAACUCACAGUACUACUCAGACUCACAUUUCUUCUCAGACUCACCCUCACAUUACUUCUCAGAAUCAGCCUCAGCCCACAUCUCAGAUUCAGACUCAGCCCACAUCUAAGAUUCAGACUCAGCCUCACACUACUUCUCAGAUUCAGACUCAGCCCACAUCUCAGAUUCAGACUCAGCCUCACAUCAUUUCUCAGUCGCAGAUUAAGACUCAGCCUCACACUACUUCUCAGAGUCAGAUUCAGCCUCACAUUACUUCUCAAAGUCAGAUUCAGCCUCAUACCGCAUCUCAGAUUCAGACUCAGCCUCAGCCCACAUCUCAGAGUCAGAUUCAGACCCAGACUCGCAUUAUAUCUCAGAGUCAGUCUCAGUUUCAGACUCAGAUUCAGUCCCAUACAGAUUCUCAUAUUAUGCCUUUUAUUCGGACUCAAUCGCAUAUUAUGCCACAGAUUCAGACUCGGGCUCAAUCUCAGAUUAUCUAUCAGAUUCAGUCCCAGAAUUUAUCUCAGAUUCAGACAAAGACUCAGUAUCAAAUAAUGCCUCCGUUUCGUACUCAGUCUCAGAUUUUGCCCCAGACUGAGUCCAGCGAUCGCCUCCCAAAUCAACCCUUGUUUAGGGCCAAAAUCAAAAGAAAGAAAUUAUACAGGAAGCUGUUCGGCUGGUUACCACGAAGAGUCCAAAGAAAGUGACUACAUCAGUUCCCCGAGUAGUUUCAUGCAUGACUCUCUACCCUCUGGUCACAACUCCUUUUGUUUCUAAUGCAUUUUGAAGUCAGACUUAUAUUUUUAGGAAUGGAGCAAUAUUCUAUACUGUGACUGUAAAAUACCUUGCCAAAUACUGUACAACAUUACUAUUGUGAUUUAACUAUUUAAACUAUACGAUGCUUGUUAUGACUAGACACGAAAGGGCUUUCAACAUUUCAAAAUUUUUAGGUCAUAAUGUGCUGUGAGUUCGUGGUACGCAUAACAUCACUUGUGAUCUUCCGAAUGGACAGCUAUCAUCUGCUAGGGGUCAGACAACUGUGAUGUGUUAUGAGCCUGACAUACAGUAUGGAGCUUUAGCAAAAUAAACUGCAAAUUUAAAGUUAAGCAAGAAAGAAAGUUGUCUUGCAUCUUUUUUUUUUCAUGUGCACAAACAAAAGCGACUCUCAAAGUUAUAAAAUGUCGGCAUGUAUAUCCUAUUGAAUCCCCUCAUACACAAUUAUGAGAUAUGGUGGUCAGUCUCACGGUAGUCAGCUCUACUUCUUUUUCUCCCAAAGGAAGGUGGACGCAUGUUCGAUGUCUCGAAAGCCCUAAACAAUCUGUGGCCUAACAGCUUUCUUAACGCUUUGGGAGUCAAUCAAUGCUGUGUAGGAGGAUAUCUGUGAACCAUAAAGAUGAAUUUAAACCUCAACACACUCAUGGCUUUAUGUGUAAAAACACACUCCGCACAUUUUAGUUGACUCCAGAGCUAUUCACGCCCUGGUGGCUUUCUUUGAUUAAUAAGCUGCUGCCAGGGGCUAUGCACUUUUUUGGACUAGAUUCUGUCUCAACUUAAAGCCUACGAAAACAUGAAUCUCUGCAGUAUGCGUAAUGUCACAUAAGCCCCAAAUGUCAGCAUCUCUUCACUGCUUGCUCAAGGGUUGGGUUGUCUCCAUAACAAAGAGCAAGUGGACCUCACAGCUAUCUCUUAAAAGAAAGUAUUGUACCUUAAGCAAUUGUAAUACACUCCCUAUUAAAGGACACGCCAGUAACUCUGAAACAGUGAACCAAAAAGGGCAGAAUUACUAAGCAAGCUGAGACCCGGGUGUGAGUGUGUGUAUGUGUCAACAAGAUGAGGCCACCGUCAUGAUGUCUUCUAUAAAAUGUACUUUGGUACAGUGAUAGUAUGAGACGAUAAUGCCAUAGAUCAGAGGUAUUCAACGUCAAUGGCUGAGAGGGCCACAUUAGACACAAAGGGCCACAAGUUACUUUUUACAAGUAAACAGCUAGGACAAUUUUUGACAUUACCUUGCUUCCUGCUAAUCUGUGAAGCAGCCAUAUCACUUACCCUUUAAAGUGAAUCAGAUGUGCCUUUGUAACUCACAUGGGGGUAUCAGAUGACAAUAUUUAAAGGGAUGUUUUUAGUACGGGGAACACAAGAUUGUUCUAACCCCCUCAUGCUCUUCUCCCAGUGUUUUCGCCUGAGAGAGGGGGUAGCAUGUGUCUCCCGAGAUAUGAGGUCGGCCUUUACUAGAAUGACAAUAUGAUAUGACAGAUCACAGUGGAGGGGCAUAGCUAACACUUUGAGAUACACAGACAUGCACACAGAUACUCAAACACUAAAACAUGCACAUACAAACAGCUACAACUUGGUUUUGCAAGUCAAUUCAACCUACUAUUUUAAGUUUUGACCUGUGAUAAGUUGACAUAACUUUAAAUUGUUUAACCAGCUCACUCAAAGAUCACAGAUAAGUAAUUCCACAUUAUUCCAACUCAAGCAUGAGCUUAAUCUCUUGCGUCCUGACAAACAGCCCUCUUACAGACAGUUGCGUCAUUGGAGAGGCUGACCUGAAAUCAGUUUGUAGCAUGUUAAUUUUGCCGCUCUAAAUAUCUCCAAAUAUUCACUGACAGACUCUGACAGGCCUGGGGGUUGAUGAUAGCUUAGUUGUUACAGCUCCAAGCUGUUUCUGGAGAGGUUGUACUUUUGGUGCCAAGGUUGCUAAGAUGUGAGAAUGAAGAAGCAGUUGAAGAGUCAUUGAAAUCACAGUCCUGCUAUAUCACCGCUUUGCCCCUGUACAACAUAUUUAACCUCAUGUUGCUUCAGUGGAACGGAUCACCUUGGUUUCAACCAUCUGUUAAAGUACACCUAUUUCAUCGCUUAAAACAACGUUAUUUUGUGUAUUUGG